CCUACUCGUCCGUCAAUAUUAAAAUGGCUGAGGAUGUCCGUGAAAGCAUUAGUUUACCCUCCAAAAAGAGAGUUUUAAUUUGCGUAACUGGCAGUGUUGCAACCGUGAAACUGGGGCAGCUGGUAGGUGAAUUACUCUURUCGAAUAAGGUAGAGGUACAAGUUGUUGCUACUGAGAAUUCAACGCAUUUCUUCAAAACCGAAGAAAUUCCUGUCAAAGUGUACAGAGAUAAAGAUGAAUGGCAGGGAUGGAAAAAAAUGAGAGAUCCAGUUCUUCACAUAGAGCUCCGGAAGUGGGCUGAUGUCAUGGUGAUUGCUCCACUUGAUGCCAACACUAUGGCUAAAAUAUCAACUGGCAUUUGUGACAACUUGCUGACCUGUAUUGUGCGAGCAUGGGAUAUGAAGAAGCCUUUGAUUUUUUGCCCYGCUAUGAACACAUGUAUGUGGGACCAUCCCUUAACUAAUACCCAUGUCAGUGUUCUCUGUAACUUGGGAUACAUAUAUGUACCACCAAUUGCUAAAACACUAGCUUGUGGAGAUACUGGAGUGGGUGCAAUGGCUGAUGUUCGAUGCAUUGUGGAAACAGUAUUACAAUCUUUGGUGGAAAAAUGUUGACUGGAAAAACAAUAUUUAAUGUACAGAAUAUUAUAGCCUUAUAUCAUAAAUAUAACUUAGACCAAUUUUUUAAAUAAAACUGCAAAUAGAUGUAAAAUAAAAACAUUCUUGACGA